CAUAGGACAACUGGGUGACGUAUGCACCAAGAUGGCGGACGGAACGGACAGUGGAUUUUCUGAGGGUCAGCCCAGCGGUCCAGGUGGCUAUAGCGGGCCGAUUUCUCCGGACAUUGACCCGCUCAACAUCACCACAUCUACCGUGGACCUGGAGGAAUCGCUGGACAUGGGCGCAGAGGGUGACGCAAAGUCCACAAGAGAUGACAUCACGGCGUUGACCCAGUCGUCGCUCGCUGGCCUGCGAUUGGACGAUGCCCUGGCCUCGGAUGUGCAUGACCUGUUUGUGACCGUGGAUGACCCUGAGAAACACAUCACCAACAUGGAGUCCUAUAUCACCUACAGGGUCACCACUAAGACGACGCGGAGUGACUAUGACUCCCACGAGUACGUUGUACGCCGGCGCUACCAGGACUUCCUGUGGCUGCGAGAACGACUCGAGGCAACCAACCCAACUCACCUUAUACCCCCCCUCCCCGAGAAACAUUCCUUCCGUCGUUUGGACCGCUUCAGCCCGGAGUUCCUGAAAACUCGCCAGGCGGCGCUGCAAAAGUUCCUGUCGCGGAUCGUGGACCAUCCCACGCUGUCGUUUAACGAGAAUCUGACCAUCUUCCUGACAGCUAAGGCAUGGGAAUUGGCGUCACACCGAAAACAGGCGCAGGGCAUCAUGGGGAAGAUGGGGAGUUCGAUGCGUAGCAUGGCGGCAGGGUACAUGCUGAAGAACCGUUCCCCAGAGUAUGCCACCAUGCAGGAGUAUGUGAACACAUUUGGGGCCAAGAUGGGCACCAUUGACAGAAUCAACCAGAGACUUCUCAAGGAGAUGACAGAUUAUCAGCAGGACCUGCGUGAGUUUGGGCCAGUCUUCACGUUGUGGUCUAACUCGGAGACAGAGCUGGCCCCCGCCAUGUUGGGUAUGGCGGGCGGUGUGGAGAAGUGUGAGAAGGCCCUGGAGCAGCAGAUCAGCGACCAGGAACACGUGUUUGCACCCCCCGUCAAGGAGUACAUACUGUACGCAGAGGCCAUGAAGGCAGUACUGAAGAGGAGGGACUCCAUACAGAUGGAGUAUGAACUAACAAUAGAGGAACUCAACAGGAAGAGAAACGACAGAGAACAGCUGAAGAUGUCAGACCAAAGCUACUCACUUGGGGCUUUUCUGGGGAAGGACCCGGAGGAAGUCAGACAGCAGAAAAGAACCAAGCUGGAUACACAAAUAGAGGAGCUCCUGAAGCAGGUUGAGGUGAGUAACGACAGUGUGGAGUGUGCUAACGCUGACCUGAAGGCAGACCUGGAGCGCUGGCACAGGAACAAAAGAAGAGACGUCAAGGAGGUCUUCUCUGAGUUGUGUGACAGAAACAUACAGUACUACCAAGAGUGCCUGUCAGCAUGGGAAGAAACCUUACAAGAAAUCAACCAGAAGUCGGAGCUGGAGACUGCAAGCACACUGGCCACGCCCACAUCCAGCUGCCCUGCCACGCCCAACUUAGCCACGCCCACUUCCUCCAUAACCCCUCCCCUUCCUGCCACGCCCACCAAGGAUGGGACAGAGGGUGGGGCAGGGGAUGGCGAGAAACAAUGAUGAGCUACCGUCAUGUUUUUAACACUGAUCACUUUAAAUUUAAAAGACACUGGGAGUUUGGAAAAUCGAGUUAUCCUUGAAGUCAAACACUUCUAUAUCUAUGAAAUCUAAGUCAUGAAAAUACCAUAAUGUAGAACGAAGCAUGCUGUUUUAUUAGCAUAUAAAUCUCAAUUGUACAGUCAGCAACAACUUGAAAUAUUAUAGGGCUUUAUGGAUUGUAUUUUCCCAAUGCCUAGUGUCUUUACAAAUUGGAAGUGGCUGGUUUCUGUUGUACUUUGGUUGGCAAUGGUAGAUGAAGAGGGGAGUGCACUGUUUAGAAGAGGGUGACUGCAAUUUAGCCACAAUGAUACAUAAUAGGGCUGAAAAUAUGCUGUCUGAUUUUGCCAAAGUCAUCUCUAGUCUUUGUCUUUGUUCAAGGCCCAAGGCCUGUGUGUAUUGCCCUUGGUAUCUUAUCGUAUGAAUAGAUCUUAAAGUUUCAGGUAUUUUAAAUCUUAGCUAUGUUACAAUAUGUCAUACAAUAUAUUAUAAAUUGUUGUACUGCCACUUUUUAUAGUGAGAAUUAAUCUGUGCAAAAUGUAUGUUCAGCAAAGGCUGUUUCAAAAUCUUAGGAGAGAUAGUCAUUUAACUGUUUUUUACCCCCUGUACCU